AUGUCAUGUAAACGGCGUGCAGAACCAAUGGUAUUCAAUGUCCUGAUUAGGAAGCCUGUCCCGAAUUUGAGUAACAACGCAUGCAAUUACAUCCUUCCCGGCCGUUGCAGUGGGACACAUUAUCAGCUCCAACGCUACUUUCUCUUCCUCGAAGCCUGGCUGGUAUUGAAAGCUUUCAGCUCAGUUGCAAUUCUCCUCUUAAGCUCUUUUGCCUCGGCAGGCUACAUCAGCUUGAGCACGGCCAGUGGACGCAGCACCGACACCGGCGACGCGAACAAGGGUUGCUUUGGCCCUGUUGCGGGUAAAGGACCGUAUAAGAUUACCGCUCAUGGUGGGCUCAAGCCGAAAGAGCUUAGGAUCUACGCAGGAAAGGAUUGCAAAGAGCCAGUCCUUGCAAAAUGCAAGGCCCGUAAAGAAGGCGAUUGCCAAUCUCUCUCGGGCGGUAGCUCAAUUGUCUUUCCGAUUUCCGAUGGCUACGGAAUGUGA